AAUAUUGUUGCUCUUAAUUUGUCUACCAUUUCAGACUUGCUUGAGUGGAGCCCUUGAGACUCUAUGUGGUCAAGGAUACGGUGCAAAUCUAUACAGAAUGCUAGGAAUAUAUUUACAAUCAUCGAUCAUCAUAACUACAUUCUUCUCAAUUCUGAUCUCCUUCUUAUGGUAUUUCUCAAAACCAGUACUAAUUUGGCUGCAUCAAGAUCCCAAUGUAGCGAAAAUGGCUUGUUUCUAUUUGAGAUUUCUGAUACAGGGACUAUUCGCAUGCGCUUAUCUCCAAUGCGUGCUGAGAUUCCCAUUGUUGGAAAUGGGACAAAUUGGAGCUUGUCGAUUUCAUCCCUGACUUCAGCAGAUCCUCAUGGAUCGUGUACGGCGCCUCCUCACUCCUCGUCAUCUCCCACUUCCCUUCUCCCCUCAAUAAACUGGUUGGGCAUAAGUAGCUGAUUUUAAAAUUUCAUUUGCAUCCAAAAAGAUGUUUAUGCCUUGACUUUCAUCUUUACAGUAACAAUCUGAAGUUGGUCAGGAUCUUGAUAUUUUUUUCUGUGACAUGGAGGCAGGUUGUAGUGUAUCAGGCUUAAAGUUAUUUAGAACCUCUCAUACAUGGAGGCAUGUUGUACAGUUGUAGCGUCUCAAACAUAGAGAUGAGCGACUGAUAAGGGAAUUUU